AGAACUUAGAUUAGGUCGGCGGAAUUACGCAGCCGCGGCACUCUCUGCGACUCGUGGAGGGUUUAGUAUUUCUCCCGCGAACACUAGAACACAUUUUAAGGAAGCUUGGUCGUGAAGAUGGUUGAAGUAGUGGGAUCUGUUGUUCACGAAGUAUUGGGUCGAAGAGCUCAAGAUGUCGAUAAGCCUAUCAUCGAUUACAUCAUCAAUGUUCUCGCUGACGAGGAUUUCGAUUUUGGCAUCGAAGGAGAAGGUGCUUUCGAUGCCAUCGGUGAGCUUCUUGUUGAUUCCGGCUGCGUCAGCGACUAUGACGAAGGUCGCGCGGUGUGUGGGAAACUCUCUGAUAAAUUUGGAAAGCAUGGAUUGGUUAAAGCCAAACCAACUGUUCGAAGCCUUGCAACACCCUUGCGAAUGUUUGAUGGAAUGGAUGAAGAGGAAGCCCCCAAGAAACAACCUGAGGUGGUGGAUGGCCCUCUGCUGACUGAACGAGACAAGGCAAAGCUUGAAAGAAGAAAGAGGAAGGAGGACCGCCAGAGAGAGGCACAAUACGAAAUGCAUUUAGCAGAGAUGGAAGCGGCUAGAGCUGGGAUGCCUGUUGUAUGUGUAAACCAUGAUACUGGCAUGGAUGGACCAGCUAUCAAGGAUAUACAUAUGGAGAACUUCAAUGUCUCUGUUGGUGGUCGUGAUCUCAUUGUAGAUGGUUCAGUAACACUUUCUUCUGGGCGGCACUAUGGUCUUGUUGGGAGGAAUGGUACUGGGAAAACAACCUUCCUCAGGUACAUGGCCAUGCAUGCGAUUCCUGGGAUUCCUAAGAGUUGCCAGAUAUUACAUGUGGAGCAGGAAGUUGUUGGUGAUACUAUGUCAGCCUUGCAAUGUGUUCUCAACUCUGAUGUUGAAAGAGCUCAGCUUUUGGAAGAAGAAGCUCGUCUAAUUGCUCAACAGAAUGAUAUGGAAUUAGAGGCCACAACAGAACAGGUAAAUGGGAAGCUUAAUGGGGAAAUUGAGAAGGACUCUGUCUCACAAAGGCUUGAACAGAUAUAUAAAAGGCUUGAGUUCAUUGAUGCUUAUUCAGCUGAGUCACGAGCUGCUUCCAUUCUUGCGGGCCUUAGUUUCACUCCGGAAAUGCAGCGGAAGCCAACGAAAACCUUUUCUGGAGGAUGGAGGAUGCGAAUUGCUCUAGCUCGUGCACUAUUUAUAGAGCCUGAUCUGCUGCUACUUGAUGAGCCCACAAAUCACCUGGAUCUUCAUGCUGUUCUGUGGCUGGAAUCCUACCUUGUGAAAUGGCCAAAGACAGUUAUAGUUGUUUCCCAUGCUAGAGAGUUCUUGAACACGGUAGUUACAGAUAUUAUCUAUUUACAAGGACAAAAACUGACUACAUAUAGAGGAGACUAUGACACAUUUGAAAGGACAAAGGCGGAACAGAUGAAGAACCAGCAGAAGGCUUUUGAGUCAAGUGAACGAUCAAAAGCCCACAUGCAGGCUUUUAUUGAUAAGUUCCGGUACAAUGCAAAACGGGCUUCUCUUGUUCAGUCAAGAAUCAAGGCAUUAGAGCGAAUAGCCAAUGUGGAUGAAGUGGUCAAUGACCCUGACUAUAAGUUUGACUUUCCUACCCCAGAUGACAGACCUGGUCCUCCAAUAAUAAGUUUCAGUGAUGCUUCAUUUGGCUAUCCUGGAGGGCCCAUAUUAUUUAAGAAUUUGAAUUUUGGCAUAGAUCUUGACAGCCGCAUAGCAAUGGUUGGCCCAAACGGCAUUGGCAAAUCAACCAUACUUAAAUUAAUUUCAGGGGAGCUUCAACCAACUUCUGGUACAGUUUUCCGUUCGGCUAAGGUUCGUAUUGCUGUGUUUAGCCAGCACCAUGUUGACGGGCUAGACUUGACUUCAAAUCCCCUUCUGUAUAUGAUGCGCUGCUUCCCAGGAGUGCCUGAACAGAAGCUCCGAGGUCAUCUGGGUUCUUUUGGUGUUACGGGCAAUCUGGCUCUUCAACCUAUGUACACUUUGUCAGGUGGACAGAAAAGCAGAGUUGCAUUUGCCAAGAUAACCUUCAAAAAACCACAUAUUAUUCUGCUUGAUGAGCCAUCAAACCAUCUUGAUUUGGAUGCUGUGGAGGCACUUAUCCAAGGUCUCGUUCUUUUCCAAGGAGGUGUACUCAUGGUGAGCCAUGAUGAGCAUCUAAUAUCUGGAAGUGUGGACGAACUAUGGGUGGUAUCGCAAGGCAGCAUCUCACCAUUCCAUGGGAAUUUCCAGGAUUACAAGAAGAUACUCAAGGCAUCAUCUUAGUUUUAACUCGCAGGGAUUAUGUUAUAUAUUGGAGGCUGUUAUAUCAGUUUUCAGGGCCAACAAGAUGGACAAGAAAGAGAAUUCAUUCCA